AAAAUAGCAUGAAGAGUGCCUUACAUGUCUGAAAUAUGAGUAAUGUACUUAACAGACAAUAUAAUGCGUAAUUAGCUUGUAUUUUGAUACCUAUAUAUCUAUUAUAAAUUUAAUUUAGACAGCAAACCUUAUCAGAGUCCCUGUUUAGCAUAUCAGUUAUGUGCUGGAUGUGUGCUAGUCGCAUGUUGGUACUCGUCGGCAUUCUGUUGGCACCCCAUACCUUUCCCUUGUUACCCACGUGUGCUGUUCCGAAGCUACAGCAACGUUUUCGUGACGCAUAUCUUCCGCCUUUCCCGCUUUGUCAGGCUAAACUCAGUUAGCAUGCCCGCACUAAACGCUACGUUACACAUGCAACGGGGCGGCGUCACCCGGAUAUGGUAGUAGGGGUAUGUGGUUUUUAGAGAGCUACAGAGGAUGGAUUGACCCUCUUACACAAAACCUUUAAACUUCAAUGCAUUCUGGUGUUGAAAUUCUGGGCUAUGUCGAUGUUGUGCCAAACACUGUUAUUCGUGUCAUCUGGGCAACAAACUCACAAAGUUGAAAUGUUUCCCUGGACAAAUUCAGGUGAUUACCACAGCAGAACCACCCUGACGGCGUGAUGAGUACAGAAAGAGAGAUGUCCCAGUCAGUGACUCCGUACAAGAACCAGGAGUAUUCCGAGCUGAAGGCUGCAUGCCUGAACGACGGCAAGCUUUUUGAAGACCCAGAAUUCCCAGCUGAAGAUUCUUCGCUGUUCUAUAAAAAGUCACCCGGAGCCGUCAAAUGGCUAAGGCCAAGGGAAAUCUGCGAUGGGCCUCGUCUGUUUGUAGAUGGAAUCAGCUCCCACGACCUGAACCAGGGAGCAGUGGGAAACUGCUGGUUUGUGGCUGCCUGCUCCUCCCUAGCAAUCAAACCCGACCUGUGGGACAAGGUAAUUCCUGAUUGGAAGGAGCAGGAUUGGGACAUGAGUCGCGAUAAGGAUGCCGGCAUCUUCCAUUUCCGCUUCUGGAUCUUCGGAGAGUGGUUGGACGUGGUGGUGGACGACCGGCUGCCAACGAUCAAUGGGGAGCUCAUCUAUUGUCACUCCACGAGCAAGAGAGAGUUCUGGAGCGCCCUACUGGAGAAGGCCUACGCCAAGCUGUUCUUAUGCUAUGAAUGCUUGGAUGGUGGUCUGACGGGGGACGCGCUGGUGGACUUCACCGGCUGCGUGACGGAAUACGUCGACCUAGUGGAGGGGAACUAUGCCAAAGAUGAGCCCACAAGGACCCGACUCUUCGAGACCCUUUUGAAAGUGUUCGACAGGAAUGGCAUCAUAACCUGCUCCAUCAGGGCUUCUCCCACUGAGAUGGAGCACAAGAUGGAGUGUGGCCUGAUCAAAGGCCAUGCCUAUGCGGUGACAUCCAUCAAGAAGGUGCGGGUGGGUCAGAACAAGAACUCCAUGAUCCGGAUGCAGAACCCGUGGGGGAGGGUGGAGUGGAAUGGGCCAUGGAGCGACAGCUCUGAGGAGUGGAAGAAGCUGAUGUCCGUGGAGCGGGAGACCUUGGGGCUCAUCAAGGAUGACGAUGGCGAGUUCUGGAUGGCGUUCGAAGACUGGUGUCACUACUUCACCAAUGCGGAGGUGUGCCACCUCAUCAACACGUCACCAGGGAGCAGAGAGAAGACGUGGAAGCAGGCUGUCACCUUCUGCAGCUGGACCCAGCACGAUGAUCCCCUGCUCAACCGUAGUGGGGGCAGUCUAAAUCAUCAGCAGAGCUUCCUGCAGAACCCACAGUACAUGUUCGACCUGCUGAAGGAGAAUGAGGAAGUGCUGGUGUCCCUGCAGCAGAGGGACAUGAGGCUUCUCAAACCGGCCGGCGAAGGGGAGAACCUCACCAUCGGCUUCGUCAUCUUGGAGGUCGAGCUUAACAGGAAGUACCGGCUCCAUGACAUAAAGACGCAGAAGAUCGUGGCGAAGUCGUUCUACAUGAAUGCCCGCACUGUCUUCCUGCGCAAGGUGCUUCCCAGGGGGCGCUACAUAAUCAUCCCAACGACACUGACGCCAGGCGUGCUGGGAGACUUCAUGUUGAGAAUCUUCAGUGAUGUCGAUUGUGACUGCAGGGAACUGACGGAGGACAAGCCCCAGGUGAAAUGCUGGAGUGGCUUUCUGGGCUAUCCCCAGGUGGUGACGCAUAUCCACAUAGAGGGAGUGGAGGGGCUGGAGAACCACGACAGCACCCGAGGUAUUGAUCUCUAUUUGAUCAUCCACUGCGAGGGACGUACCGUCCAGUCUGGAGUAAUUAAGGACACCCUGGACCCAGUCUUCAACAUCUCAGCCAUCUUCUAUAGAAAGAAACCCGGCAAACCAAUUGUUAUUGAGGUGUGGAACAGCAAUGAUGUACAGGAUGAGUUUAUAGGUCAGGUGGCCUUGCCCAACACCAAAGGCGAGGUAGACGAUCAGUUGAAGCUGCAGCUGAGCAGGAAAGACCAGAAGACGACUGGCAUUCUCAGUCUGAGAGUCAUUACUUCCACCCAGCUGACCAGCAUGUGACUCUGACCCCCACGCAAUCCCUGAUUGGUGAAGUUUUUUUUUCUCCAUACCUUCAGUGUGAUCAGUUGGCUUAAACCAGUGGUUCUGAAACCCGGUCCUCGGGCCCCUCUGCCCUGCUUGUUCUCCAGCUCUCCCUGCCCCACACACUGCUGAUUUACCUGGAUCAGGUGUGUUCAGUCGAUUAGAAGCUGAAAGACAGUUGGGACUUGUGUGUGGGGCAGGGAUAGCAGGAAAACGAGCAGGGCAGUGGGGCCCAAGGGCCGAGCUUGAGAACCACUGCAUCAGAGCAUAGCCAAUGGUGACCUCAUUACUAAUCAAGGCAUCAACCUGGAAAUGCAAGGUUCAAACUGUAAAAGUGAAGAGUAAAAAGGUGCUAAAAAAACUGUGCAAGAAAUCUCCACCCUCACCCCCCCCCCCCCCAAAUCAGCCAAAAAUUCACCCAUGUUGAGUUGAUGUCUUCACUUCAGGACACCAAACCUACAUUCUGUGCAUGAGGAGAAAUUUGCAAUUAGGACCUAGUUGGGAAGUUAAGGAUAUUGCAAAAGUGUAUUUGACAACUGUGAGUUCCCGGAUAGGAUUUUAUCAGGGUAAAUAUAAUAGUCUUUGUGUGAUUUUUUUUAUUUUUUUUUAUCAUGUAAUGUGUCUAAACUUUUUUUAAAUCAUCACAUAUCACAAUCUGUUUCCUUAGUGUACCUGUGUCUUUUCACAUUACACUAGUGAUUUUAAUGAUUUUAGUGAUUUAAGUGUUGUACAGUAACUUUUAAGAAAUUGAAUGGCACGUGCAACAUAAAAUUAUUAAUUUCACAUGUUCCUAUACAAGUGCAUUCAACUAAUGUAUUUCAGCCAUCUUGUAUCUUAUACAAGAAUAAAUGUCUUUAUUCGGCAUCA